CAUCCCGGCCGCCAGCAUCCUCCGCACCGGGCCCGCACCCCCGCGGCCCCGGCCUCGGCGGGGCCAUGGCCGAGAUCACCAGUGUCCACCCCGGCUUCGAUGUGUCCCCCGUGGUGGCAGGACUCAUUGGAGCCACCGUGCUGGUGGUUUCUGUCUCAGUCACAGUCUUUGUGUGGACAUGCUGUCACCAGCAAGCAGAAAAGAAGCACAAAACCCCCCCUUACAAAUUCAUUCACAUGCUGAAAGGCAUCAGCAUCUACCCGGAGACCUUGAGCAACAAGAAGAAAAUCAACCGGAUCCGCAGAGACAAGAGCGGCGCGGCCAAGGAGGGCGGCGGCAGGGGGAACCUCCUGGUGGAUGCUGCUGAGGCUGGCCUGGUGGGCCCCAGCAAGGCUCCAGAUGGGCCCCCCCAGGUGGAGCAGCUCCCCAUCAAAGUGGAUUAUGGAGAUGAACUCAGCCCAGAUCAAAGCCUCACUCCGGGAGGAAGUAAAACCUCCUCUCCCUCCUCUCCGGGCGACGACGUCAUGCUGGGAGACCUGACUUUCUCAGUGGACUACAACUUCCCCAAAAAGGCCCUGGUGGUCACCAUCCAGGAGGCCCACGGGCUGCCCGUGAUGGAUGAGCACACCCAGAGCUCCGACCCCUACAUCAAGAUGACGAUUCUGCCCGACAAGAGGCACCGCGUCAAGACCCGCGUGCUCCGCAAGACCCUGGAGCCCGUUUUUGACGAGACCUUCACCUUUUAUGGGAUCCCCUACAGCCAGCUGCAGGACCUGGUGCUGCACUUCCUGGUGCUCAGCUUCGACCGCUUCUCCCGGGAUGAUGUGAUUGGGGAGGUGAUGGUGCCGCUCGCGGGCGUGGAUCCCAGCACUGGCAAGGUCCAGCUCACCAGGGAGAUCCUCAAGAGGAACAUACAAAAGUGCAUCAGCAGAGGGGAGCUGCAGGUGUCCCUGUCCUACCAGCCCAUGGCACAGAGGAUGACUGUGGUGGUGCUGAAAGCCAGGCACUUGCCAAAGAUGGACAUCACUGGCCUCUCAGGUAACCCCUACGUCAAGGUGAACGUUUACUACGGCCGCAAGCGCAUCGCCAAGAAGAAAACCCACGUCAAGAAAUGCACUUUGAACCCCGUGUUCAACGAGUCCUUCAGCUACGACAUCCCCGCGGAUCUGCUGCCCGACAUCAGCAUCGAGUUCCUGGUGAUCGACUUCGAGCGCACCACCAAGAACGAGGCGGUGGGGAGGCUGAUCCUGGGCGCGCACAGCGCCGGCGCCGCGGGCUCCGAGCACUGGCACCAGGUGUGCGACAGCCCCGGCAAGGCCGUGGCCAAGUGGCACAGCCUGAGCGAGUACUAAAGCCGGGCCUGAGCCCCGCCUAGGACGCGCUCCAAGCUUGUUUUAGCUCUAGGACUAAACUCCAGUUGAGAAGCAGCAGCGGCUGGUUCGGUCGUCUUUAGGUGAUGGGGGUUUUUGCAGGGUACUAAAAUGGUCAAAAAAUAAAGUGGGGUGUAAAUGAGAAGAAAGAAUUUAAAAAGUUUCUCUUUAGCUGAGGUGGUUUUGCAAGGCACUCAAAUUGGGGAAUAAAUUAUCAAAAAAAGAAUAAUAAAAAUUAGGUUCUCUUUAGCUAACAUGGUUUUGCAAGGCACUAAAACUGGGGAAUAAAUUGUAAGAAAAUAUAAUAAAAAAAUUAGGUUCUCUUUAGUUGACGUGGUUUUGCAAGGCACUCAAACUGGGGAAUAGAUUAUAAGGAAAAAUAAAAAUUAGGUUCUCUUUAGUUAACGUGGUUUUGCAAGGCACUCAAAUUGGAGAAUACAUUAUAAAAAAAGAAUUUAAAAAAUUAGGUUCUCUUUAGUUGACGUGGUUUUGCAAGGCACUCAAAUUGGGGAAUAAAUUAUAAAAAAAUAAUUAAAAAAAUUAGGUUCUCUUUAGCUAACAUGGUUUUACAAGGCACUCAAAUCGGGGAAUAAAUUAUAAGGAAAAAAAAUUAGGUUCUCUUUAGUUAACGUGGUUUUGCAAGGUGCUAAAUUUGGGGAAUAAAUUGUAAGAAAGAAAUAAUUUUAAAAAAUUAGGUUUUCUUUAGUUAACAUGGUUUUGCAAGGCACUCAAAUCGGGGAAUAAAUUGUAAGAAAAUAUAAUAAAAAAAUUAGGUUCUCUUUAGUUGACGUGGUUUUGCAAGGCACUAAAACUGGGGAAUAAAUUGUAAGAAAAUAUAAUAAAAAAAUUAGGUUCUCUUUAGCUGACGUGGUUUUGCAAGGCACUAAAAUUGGGGAAUAAAUUAUAAGGAAAAAAAAUAUUAGGUUCUCUUUAGUUGAUGUGGUUUUGCAAGGCACUCAAAUUGGGGAAUAAAUGAUAAAAAAAGAAUUUAAAAAAAUUAGGUUCUCUUUCAUUCACGUGGUUUUGCAAGGCGCUAAAAUUCUAAAAUUGGGGGAUAAACUAUAAGAAAAAAAUAAUAAAAAUUAGGUUCUCUUUAGUUAACGUGGUUUUGCAAGGCACUCAAAUUGGGGAAUAAAUGAUAAAAAAAGAAUAAAAAAAAUUAGGUUCUCUUUAGUUAACGUGGUUUUGCAAGGCACGCAAAUUGGGGAAUAAAUUGUAAGAAAAAAAUAAUUUAAAAAAAUUAGGUUCUCUUUAGCUGAGGUGGUUUUGCAAGGCACUCAAACUGGGGAAUAAAUUGUAAGAAAGAAAUAAUUUUUAAAAAUUAGGUUCUCUUUAGUUAACGUGGUUUUGCAAGGCACUAAAAUCCUAAAAUUGAGGAAUGAAUGAUAAGAAAGAGAUAAUUUUAAGAAAAAGGUUCUCUUUAUUUGAUGUGGUUUUGCAGGGCAUUAAAAUCCUAAAAAAAUGGGGCAUAAAUUAGGAGAAAGAAAUAAUUUUAAAAAUUGGUUUCUUUAGUCGAUGCGAUUUUGCAAGGCACUAAAAUCCUAAAAUUGGGGAAUGAAUGAUAAGAAAGAGAUAAUUUUUUUUAAAAAGUCUCUUUAGUUGAUGUGGUUUUGCAAAGCACUAAAAUCCUAAAAUUAGGGAAUGAAUGAUAAGAAAAAUAAUUUUUUAAAAAAGGUUCUCUUUAGCUGAUGUGGUUUUGCAAAGCACUAAAAUCCUAAAAUUGGGAAAUGAAUGAUAAGAAAGAGAUAAUUUUUUAAAAAAUCUCUUUAGCUGAUGUGGUUUUGCAAAGCACUAAAAUCCUCCAAAAAAAAAACCAAAAUAGGUUGGGGAAUCAAUGAUAAGAAAGAAAUAAUCAUUACAAAACCAGCUUCUCUUUAGUUGACGUGGGUUUUGCAGGGCACUAAAAUCCUAAAAUUAGGGGAAUGAAUGAUAAGAAAAAUAAUUUUUUAAAAAAGGUUCUCUUUAGUUGAUGUGGUUUUGCAAAGCACUAAAAUCCUAAAAAAAUGGGGCAUAAAUUAGGAGAAAGAAAUAAUUUUAAAAAUUGGUUUCUUUAGUCGAUGCGAUUUUGCAAGGCACUAAAAUCCUAAAAUUGGGGAAUGAAUGAUAAGAAAGAGAUAAUUUUAAAAAAAAGGUUCUCUUUAUUUGAUUGGUUUUGCAAAGCACUAAAAUCCUAAAAUUAGGGAAUGAAUGAUAAGAAAGAGAUAAUUUAAAAAAAAAAGUCUCUUUAGUUAACAUGGUUUUGCAAGGCACUAAAAUCCUAAAAUUAGGGAAUGAAUGAUAAGAAAGAGAUAAUUUUUUAAAAAAUCUCUUUAGCUGAUGUGCUUUUGCAAGGCACUAAAAUCCUCCAAAAAAAAAACCAAAAUAAGGUGGGGAAUCAAUGAUAAGAAAGAAAUAAUCAUUACAAAACCAGCUUCUCUUUAGUUGACGUGGGUUUUGCAGGGCACUAAAAUCCUAAAAUUAGGGAAUGAAUGAUAAGAAAAAUAAUUUUUUAAAAAAGGUUCUCUUUAGUUGAUGUGGUUUUGCAAAGCACUAAAAUCCUAAAAUUGGGAAAUGAAUGAUAAGAAAGAGAUAAUUUUUUUAAAAAGUCUCUUUAGUUGAUGUGGUUUUGCAGGGCAUUAAAAUCCUAAAAAAAUGGGGCAUAAAUUAGGAGAAAGAAAUCAUUUAAAAAAUUGUUUUCUUUAGUUGAUGUGGUUUUGCAAAGCACUAAAAUCCUAAAAUUGGGGAAUGAAUGAUAAGAAAGAGAUAAUUUUUUAAAAAAUCUCUUUAGCUGAUGUGGUUUUGCAGGGCAUUAAAAUCCUUUAAAAA